UUCGCUGUGCAGAGUGCACUGAGAUUUCCAUACAAAUUUAUCAAAAAGCCCGGAGAAUGGUUUACAUUAGUAUAGGAGUAUUUAGUAUAGUGAUUCUAGUUUUAGUAAUUGGAUUAUCAGUAGGAUUAAGAGCAACUCCAUUCAAAGGAAGCGAUGUCCUGAAUUUUGCGCCGUUAGUAGACGGACACAAUGAUUUACCCUGGAAUCUUUACGACAAGUUAGCUAAUAAUUUAAGCGCUUUAAAUUUUGAUACCGAUCUUUCAAAUGAUCCUUUUAUGGGUUAUAAAGACGCAAUUCAAUUGACAUUACGCCAAAUCGAUAUGAUAAAGAGGCUAGUCAAUAAAUAUCCGUCUAAAUUAGAAUUUGUGACAAAUUCAUACGAUAUUGAAAGAGUCUGGAAGAAUAAUAAAAUAGCGUCGAUGAUUGGAAUUGAAAGUGGACAUGCUAUAGAUUCAAGUCUUGCUGUACUUAGACUUUACCAUGAACUUGGAGUUCGUUAUAUCACGCUAACACACAAUUGCAAUACUCCUUGGGCUGACGCAUCAAUUAAAAAAAAUAACGGAGUUGUAAUGGUGAAUUUUUACAAUUUGUUUGUCAAUUGCAAUCGAUCUAGAGAUACAACAAUUGAAGAUGUCGUCGCGCAUAUUAAUUACAUAAGAAAUUUAAUUGGACCCGAUCACGUCGGUAUCGGCAGCGAUUAUGAUGGAGUCGAUGAGACUCCAAAAGAUUUAGAAGAUGUGUCAAAGUAUCCAAAAUUAUUUGACCGACUUUACGAGUCCAGAGAAGGCGAGCCGACUUGGACGCGCGCUGAUUUAGAAAAACUUGCAGGAAGAAAUUUAAUCCGCGUUUUUGAAGAUGUUGAAAAAGUUCGUGAUUCUUUAAAGUCUGAACUAGCAAGUGAUAUGACUAUCGACGGACAUGAUCUGGAAAUAGCCAUGAAAAAUGAAGGACUUACUCCUGGAGCCUGUCAAACUGCCAAUGAAUGGAAAGGAAUUAAU